AUGGUUGGAAAUGGAAAGAAAAAGGUGAUUGCGAAAAAGAUGCGCACUGGAAUGAAAUCGUCUGCUUCUGAUAUCCAGAAACGCAUUGAGUCAAAUCCAUACGAAAUGCGAAAAAACAAAAGCCCUCAUACAACUGUUAUUGGAAGAAAUGUAAAGGGUAAUAAUCGGAACCUCAUUGUUUCAAAUGCCAAAUCACUGACACAGAGGCAGCACGCUAUUGGCGAGGAUUAUGAGAAACAAACAAAGAAAAACAUCUUUAAGGACCGUCGUUUCGGUUCAGCAGAAAAUUUGCAAACAAUGACGGAGGAGCAGAAGAUGUUUAAGAAGAUGGAAAUCCAGCGCAAGAAGCAGCUAAAGCGCGAGAAGUUUGCCUUAGGAGACGAAGAGGAAGAGCUCCUUACCCAUAAGGGAAAAUCGCUGGAAAUUGAAGACGACUUUAAGAAGCUUCACGAAGAGAUUGACAAUGACGAAGACGACGAGGAAGGAGCCAUGAAUUCCGAUGUCUUCAUGAAAACGAGCUUCAAGAAGGAUUCCGAGAAUCCGGAUCGUCCUCGAACCCACAAAGAAAUCAUGAUGGAGAUUAUCGAGAAGAGCAAGCUCUAUCGCGAGCAACGUCGAAUUGAGGCGGAGGCGUUGGAGGCGGAAAUCGAAAACGUGGAUGCGAUGAUGGACGAUUUGCACAGUUUGCUAUCCUUCAACACGACGGAUAAAACAAAGAAGCCGGAGAUCGUUCAGUCGGAGAAGGAUCAGGAAUACGACCGAUUGACCGCGGAGAUGGUGAACGCUGCGAAGGGAAAGGCUUCUGAUAGACAGAAGACGCAAGAAGAGAUUGAUAAGGAGGAAAAGGAGAAACUGGAGAAACUGGAGAAGGAGAGAGAAGAGCGAAUGCACGGCAUUGCUCCCUCGAAAGGACGAGACACUGGUGAUAUCCAGGAAGAAUCGGUGAUUAAACGAAAGUCGUACGAAGACGAGGUUUUGGAUGCGAUUGACCAGGAUGCAGCAGCAGGAAGCACGCUGGAGGCCACAGCGAAGGACUAUGAUGAGGAUUAUGCGCUUCUGUUUGGCGAUGAAGCGGAACCGGCUCCAAAGAAGGAAUCGAGAAAGGAGACGAUUAAAGCGAUUCAGAAGGAAAAGCAGGAGCGAGCUGAAAUGAUAAAGAACGCGAAGAGCGAGAUUCCGUUUAUUAUUCCCAUUCCUCGCAGCAUCGGAGAGUUGUGCGAAUUGCUGAACGAAUAUGUCGCGAACGAUGACUCGAUCCACCUGAUUCUCUCUCGAAUCAUUAAAAACAACAAUCCCAAUUUCUACCGAAACGUCGUGGGACUGGUAGACGCUUAUUUCUCGCAGAACUGCUUAACGCCCUAUGUGUUGGACUGCGUCCAGGGCUGCUUAAUGGCGAUGCUUCCUUACAUUGAAUCGAACGUCCACAUCAUUUGGACGGACAUUCUCACACGAAUCCAGACGCGAAUGCUGAACGUUUAUUUCCUUACCACCGGGUAUCCUCGCGUUUCCGAUGUUCUGCUGCUUCAGCUCGUGCUCAAUCUCUUCUCGGCCACAGACUUCCGCCACAACUUCAUUCAGCCUGCUCUCUUGUUGCUUGGGCGCACGUUGCUGGAAUGCAAAAUCAAGAGUGUGCGAGACGUCGUGAUUGCGGAGGUGAUUCUGGCGAUCCUGGCGGAUUACAGCUCGGCGAGCGGCCGGUUUGUCCCCGAAGUGUACGCCGCGCUGCCGAUUGUUUGCGAGCUUGUGUACGAUGCGGAUUGCUGCGUUGAGAAUAGAUUGCUGCGAAAGAGCUCGUCGGCCGCUUCGAAGCUGGAGUUGAAGUUUAAGGAGCAGAGCGAUUCAGAAGAAACAAUCACACUCACCGAUUUGGCGGACGCAUCCAUAGAGUCCAUUCCCAUUUCGAAGCUUCAAGCCUCUCUAUUCCGCAUUGUGUCAAGUCUGCUGGAGUCGAACGCUUCCAACCCCGCCGCUCUCGUCUACUUCCGGCCGAUUCUCAGCACGCUCUUGCGGUUCAUCGCCCAAGAAAAAGGCUCGUUCCAAGCCGUGAAGGCUCAAGAAACGGUCGACCAGAUCGUGUCUGUCCUCACCAACACUCUGAAUCAUCGCAAGCACAUUCCUCUCCAGGCCGAAGUGCUGAGACCGGUGUAUGUGUCCUUCGCUCCUUCGUAUGAGCAGGACUUCGUUCCUGGCAAGGUGCUGCAUCCCAACAAGGAGCAUAUUCGCAAACGCGAGUUGCUGAAGCAGGUGAAGAGAGAGAAGAGAGGUGUGGAGAGAGAGAUGAGAAGAGAGGCGGAGGUGAUUUCGGAAAUGAGAGAUGCGGAGAAGAGAGAGAUCGAUGAGCAGCAGAGCCAGAAGCUGAAGGAAGUGAUGGGAUGGCUGGAAGAGGACCAGGCGAACUUCAACCGAGCUGUGAAGAAGGGCGUUGUAACGGGCGGAGGAAGCAAGAUCCAGAGUAACCUGAAGCGAUAG